AUUUAUGAAAAUGUUCACCAGAAAUUGGAACGAGAUAUAUUUGCAGAUUCUUUCAUUGAACCUGGUGUUAAUAGCUUCGCUACUACUUGUGCUGUGGUUGCAUACGGGCAGACUAUUCGAAAUAUAAAGCCUAAUACUGAUUCAAAGUAGUAUGACCUAUUUGUAACAUAACGAAUACAGCAUUUAGUCUCCGUGUUGACGAACUCUGCAUAUUAUCUCCAAUAUGAAAGUGGAGCAUGCCUUGUUUUAAACUAUCACCGUAACAGUUUUAAUCAACACUAUUUAUUGGGGAUUGAUCGUAGGAUUGCGUAUGCAAAUAGAAAGUACAAUCAUUGUUUGACGGACAGCCAUAGCAGCUGGUAAUCAUGAAGAAGAAGUAAUUUGAACUCUCAAUUACAGCAGACAAAAAUACAACAACAAAUUCAAGGCGUACUUUACAGAGCAAUGUGACUGCUUCAUACUACAGUUCAUAUUUUUGUCAGUAGCAAAUCAAGUGGAAGAAUGAGAUAUCAAGUUCAUGAGAAGGAUCCAUGGAGUAAACUCAUUUGCCAUCAUUGUGCAUGCAACCUGCAGGAAUUUUAUGAUUUCCGAGAAUUGUGUGUAAGCACGGACACUUAUGUGAAGACACGAGUGUCAUGGGAGCCUCAAAGACAGUCCACUCCUGUUACAUCACAACAUGCAUCUAUAGAACCAAGAGAUGUGCACAUCAAAGAGGAAGUAUCGAGUGGCCAACCAUCAAACUCAUCACCAUUAUUGCCAGAGAUCAAGUUCAGUCAAAACACCCUAGUGUCCAAUAAUUUGUAUACCGAAGAAUGUGCUGGUAAUUUACCACACACUUCAGUACUAACACAGGCCCCUCUUCCUGCAUCAGCUCCUCCCACAAAUGUCGCAUUUUUUAACUCUGAGCAGGGUGAAUGCUUUCUGCCAGAAGAGCUAGAGGCAGCACACUCGGACAGCAGCGUAGUUGAUCAAGAUGCAGGGUCUCCUAAUUUGGGAGUAAAUAAGAAAAUAACAUUUAACACAAAUACUACAGCAUCAGGAACUGAAACAAGAAAACGCAACAACACUUCAGAUGAUGUUCAAGUGUCCAAAAAGAAGAAAAACACUUCAGAAUCUCAUUCAAGAUCUGAUCAUGAGAUUGAAGUUAACACUGCAAAAUCUGAUCCUUCAAAUACCGAAUCCCAAGAUUCCAAUAAACAAAGACAGAAAGUAAAUCAUGAACCUGGAAUAAAAUCUCAUGCUACAAUCCAUAAAGUGAGUGUAAAUGAUAACAUAUCAGUAAAUGUCAGAUCUAAUGCAAAAGGUGCUGAACAAAAAAACAAAAACUGUAAAUCUGGCCCAAAAUCCGAGGUUGGAGGGAAGGAUCAUAAUUUAGAAAAUAAUUACUCUGAUGCCAAAAUUGCUAACUCCUUGGAUGCAAUAGACAUGACAGAUAAUAUUGACAGCUCUGUAGAAAAAGUGGAUGAAGGUGAUCGAGCUGAAGGACUUAUGCCACAUGUGUUAUUAACCAGAAUUCCAGGAAUAUGCAACAUUUACACAUGUUCUGUGUGUGAACGCAUAUUCACUUCCAAGGGAUGUGCAAACAAUCAUGUGUGUGUGUAAGAACAGAGUACUUAAUUCAGCAUCACCUAAUAAAGAUGAACAUAGGACAGUGCGCUAAGGAAGAAGGUCCCUAAAUGUAAGGCACAAGAGGGAAGGGUACCUGAAAACAGGGCAGCAUUGAAAGAGAGUAAAGGCUCCCGCACACCAGAGCGGUGGCGGUGGCGGGCGCGAUGGCGGUGGCGGUCAUGGUGGCGAUCAAAUCCUUUCACACCAUACAACGCCGUGGUAGCGAUCAGUUUGAAAAAUCGCGUAAGCACAACAUCGUAAACAAUGCACCGAUUAUCUCGUCUGGAAGAAGAAACGUUACUUUUGGCAGCGCUAGUUGAUGAGGAGCAGCAGCAAGCCAGGUUAUUAUUCCUUUUAUUGUGUACAAUUGUAGAAAUUUGAGAAGUAAUUACAAAUAUUAACAUCACAAUUAAUAUAUAUUAAUGAAUUAAUAUAUUUUUCAGAAAGAAGCGUAAGAAAACGUGGAUUCACGACCUUAAUCUACUUCGUGAACAUGAAGGAGAAUUUCAUACUUUAUAUCGGCAACUGCGACAACAUGAAGAACGUUUCUAUAUUUACUUUCGGAUGCCAAUUGAAUGCUUUGAUGAUGUACUGGACCUAAUUAAGGGAGAUAUAAGGAAGAAAUGUAUGAAGUAAAGUGACGCGGGCAGCGAUCAAACUCGACAAGCUGCAUCUGAUUGCCACCGUGGAGUAGAACGCUGCCCGCAAGAUCGCUGCCUGUCUGAAAGCAGGAAAUAUCUGACCGCUACAUCGCUCUGGUGUGCGGGAGCCUUUACAAUCGUAUCUUUGUUCAAAGGGACUUUGCCACAAUUGGCAACGCAGCAUUCCUUCUCAUAAUUCCAGUACACGAUCAUAAACGUAAGCAUGCGGACGUUUACUCACUGUAGCUCUUGCGAAAUGGAAACUGUCCAUUCAGUGCAUGUUCGUGUCAUGUGUGAACUGAGGCGUGUUGGUUGUGACUUGUUAAAAGUCCAUGGAAAUGAAGUUCUGCGCUGCCUUGAAGUAAGUGAUUUCUGAGUGAGUUGUGUACCGUGAAGUCUCCUUGUGUUACUAGGGGAUCCGGGGGGAAUGCAAACCUUAUAUUAUUAUGGCAGGUGUUAAUUGUAAGUCUUCUAUAACGAAAAUAAGUCAUGAUAGGCUGUGGCUGUGCGAUAUACAAUGUGAUGGUGGAAUCAAUAUGCUGAAAUAUUUUUAACAUCCUUCGAUUGAUAGAGGCAGUUCAGCAGUGGCAGCCAUCAAAACAAAGUAUCGUUCUACGAUGAACGUGGAAAGCGACCUCAGAACGGCCAUUUUAAAAGUACAGAGCAUUUACCUGGCAAGACGUAUUUUAUUUUGGAUGUUUUUAGAUUGACUGUUAAUUUAAAAUCUUGUAUUUGUUGCUGUCGUAAAUAAAUUAUUCAACACUUUUA